AUGGAGUUUUCAUAUGAUGCUUCACGCUUUCAUACCAAAAGUAACUAUACAAAUAGGCAGUUCUUUAAUAUAUACCAGGACAGACUUAAACAACUUCGUCCUUUGAUUGAAUCUCAAGUUGAAGGUGUCCUUUGCAAGCAAUUAAACCAAAUGGAACCAGACAAACCAUGCACAAUCAUUGGUGUUUUGUACAAGAAUCUUUCUUCAAGACAAAAUAUUCUCGAUGAAUACAAAGAUAUCGGUUAUGAAUCACAAGCUCCUGAAGAAUUAACUCAAUCUGAUAAAGAUACAUUAUUCCUAGAAGAUGAAUCAGGUCGUGUUCAAUUGGUUGGCCUCCAAAACAAUGAAUUUGUAACUGGAAUUGUUAUUGGCGUUCAAGGUGUUCCAAGUGCCAGUACAUUCGAAGUUACUAAAGUAAUAUAUCCUCAAUACAAUCCUCCAAAGAAGGUUGAUGUUAAAGAAAGCCAUACAAUUUACUUCAUUUCAGAUCUUGCUAUCAACCAUGAUAAACUUACAAAGCAUCAUAUGGCACUUGCAAAGACUCUAAAUGGUGCUGAUCUUGUUGUUUACCUCGGAAACAACUUCCUCCAAGUUGAACAGCCAGAUCCAGAAGAAAUGAUAUCCUUUAAUGAGAGGCUGAAAGCUAUGAAGCCAUUACCAAUUAACAAGCUUGAGUCUUUCUUUACAGUUACCAAGUCAAAGAAGAUCGUUGUUAUACCAGGCCAAAAUGAUCCUUGUACAAACUCUCUUCCACAGCAGCCAUAUCAUCCUGUUCUUCUCUCAAGUAAGAAAUUCGUUCUCGCAUCGAAUCCAUCCAAAUUCACGGCUGAUGGCUUGUUAUUCUUAUGUGAUGCCGGUGAAUCACCACGUGACAUCAUGAAAACAACAAGAUAUACAUUCUCCGACGCUCAGUUUUCCAUCUUACAGUGGCAUCAUAUUGCUCCAACAGCUCCUGACCAACUUCCGGCUGUUCCUGUAAUUGAAAAAGAUGUUCUUGUUAUGGAAGACACACCAAAUGUCUUGGUUUGUGGUCUAGCUCCAGAAUUUGAACAGAAUGAUUAUAAUGAUGUUAAAUUAAUCUCUGUUCCAAGUUUCAAAGAUACACAAACGAUUGUUGCUUAUGAUACAAAGACUAAUGAGGCAAAACCGAUACAAAUCACUGUAUAA